UGUAAACUAUCUACAAUAGCUAUAAUGACACCAGCCCUCAGAGAGCCAGCAACAAAAGGUCAUGGUAUCCACUUGUCACCUUCUUUGUCCUCUAGAGCUAUGGAGUCUGAUACAACUUUGUGCAUGGAAAAUUCCAGAGCAGUCGAAGAGACGAUAAAGGAGGAUUCCAUCACACAGAUUACUUGCUCAGUCUUGGGGUUUCCCACUACUGAGCCCAACCUCAGUAAUGAUAUCUUCAGUGUAAAACACUUUGGUUCUCCACAGUCUUCCAGACAUUAUCAGUCUGUCUUAUUAAUGAGCACAAAUUCUCCAUUAAACAUAAAAAACAAAAACACUAAGCAAAGGAAUUCAGAAGAGCACAAGUGCUCCCAGAUGAGAAAUCUACUACAUAAUGGUGCUACCACACAGGUCAGUCAGAUUAAUAAUUCAGAACCUGAAGAGCAGGUCAGAGGGGAAACUUUAUCGGAGACCAUGACCCAGAGUUUGGCAGAAAUGCAGAGACUGUUGGAUUCAAAUGUAACUGAAUCCAAUAAUGUGGAAGAAAUGCAGCUUACAAACUGUAAAUGGUAUCGGAAGAAUGGCUUUUUGGAUAAGGGUCUACUAGUACAUGCUGAGACCAAAAAAAGGAAUUUAUUGCAUCAAGUUGUGCAUGAGCCUUUGAAAGCAAUUGUGCGCUGCACCCCCACUAGUAAAGAAGAGGAGUUGAAUGCUCGCUUACUUCAAUGUGUCAGUAAGCAACAAGUUGUGCUCAGUCGAGCCAAAAGAGCUCAGAAACGUUUACAGAUACUCCUGGCAAAGCAUGUUGUCAAACACUGUGAUCACCAGCUGAAAUGCUUUGUGAAACAUCAGCUCCAAAGAAUGAAAGUUUUUCAUGAUUCAACCAGAGUUUUGGACAGUAGCUCCCUUGGAUGCACUGAAAUUCGGGCAGAAAACAGUAUAACUAACUUGGAAAAUAAUUCAAAUAAAGAAACACAGAAUGGAGUUGGCAUUGAACCUGGUGAAAUCUGGGGUUUUGCACACUCUGCUACAGGGCUGCUGUCUCAUGUGGAGAAAGAUCUGGACUCUGAUGCUACUUGCAGUAGCUCAGAUGAAGAUUGUGAUGAACAGACUGUCAGAAAAACUGUGGAAGCCAACUAUAGUUCUGAAUGGAAGUGGCUUGUAGACCGAGCUAAAGUUGGCUGCCGUUGGACAUGGCUUCAAGCCCAGAUUUCAGAGCUAGAAUACAAAAUCCAACAACUAACUGACCUUCACAGGCAGAUACGAGCCACCAAGGGGAUGGUGAUCUUAGAAGAAUUCCCACUUCCAAAAGACAUUUUGAAGAAGCAAACACAAUUGACAAACCCAGAAGCUUUAUUAAACACCACGGGGAAUUCUCAAGCUAACCUUGAGAGACAGGAUUCUUUGCCGGAACACGAUUUUGAAAUGUCACCAAGCAGCCCUACUUUACUUCUACGAAACAUAGAAAAACAGAGUGCUCAGCUGAGUGAAAUCAUCAAUAAUCUAAUUGCUCCACUCAAUCUGUCCCCCACGUCCUCUCCUCUCUCUUCCAAGUCCUGUAAGCAGAAACAACUGGUCAAUGGCAUAUCUCUCAGAGCUUCAGACAACAAAGAGGAAAUGUCAUCUUCUAGUAGCCAGUUGCUUGAUCAUCAACACAUCAAAAAAAGAAGAAAAGACAGGACAAGGCUGAGAUCUCCAUCUGUAACUAUCAUGAGCACAUCUGCCCGAACAAGGCCACUUCAGAGUUUCCAGAAGAGGAAACUAUACAGAAUGAGCAGUGCAUGUUACUGGAGUCAACAGGCUUUGCUGUCUAGAGAUGCCUCGUUUCCAUAUAAUACACAGAUGCCUUGCAUGGCUCCAGCCUCCAUUUGGAGCAGUUCUGAGCAUGGUACAUCAUCCAGAAUAGUACAACAACAUAUACCAGAGGUGGACUCCUCUCUUCAUCCUGUGUUAUCAUUCCCCUCGGAUAUCCCUCUUCAUAUAUAUUUUGAAACAUUGUUGAAGGAGGACAAGAUCAAAGGAGAUCCUGUUGACACCUCAGCACUAGGGGUAGAGUUUAAAAUGUCUCCAUCCAAUGAGUAUAAUCAACAUAGCGCUUCUCUCAAACAGUGGAGCAGUGGCUAUUUACUUAAUUCCAAACCUCAAGCAGCAUCAGGAACAUCUGAACAGGUGUCAGAGGGAAGAAAGAAAAGGCACCUAAGUGAGACAGCGAUAGGAGAAAGUAACAGUAGGUUUGAAGCUUUUUCCUUUCAACAUGCAGAACCAGAAUCCCAUAAUGAUUUUACUGCCGUGACCCAUGUCAAUCUGAUGUCUAGAUCUACCCAAAACGCAUCAUCACAGCAUAACUCUAGACGGAGACUGAGAAGUGAGAGCUCCUAUGAUAUAGACAACAUUGUUAUUCCUAUGUCACUGGUUGCUCCCUCUAAAUUGGAGAAGCUGCAAUACAAAGAAAUCCUUACUCCAAGCUGGAGAGUUGUUGAACUUCAUCCUCUGGGGCGAUCUCAUGUAGAUGAAGAAGAGAUCGAAGAUCUGUCAGAUGAACUUUUUUCUUCACGUCAUGCAAAAUAUGAAGAGAGAGAGAAAGCAAGGUGGUCAUUGUGGGAACAGAGCCGAUGGCCCAGAAGAAAUAGCAGACCUUAUAGCAAAAAUGCUGAAGGACAGCAGGGCCAAGAUCCAGUACUGAAAGAAAACCAUCGCAACUCAUGUGCCUCACUGCGUUGUGCUGCUGAAGCUGCUUCUGAUCUUACUUCAGAAAUCCACAGUUCUGUAUGUUUAAGGGUCCCACAGCCUUCAAAGGAAAACCAAGCAGCAAAGUCUGAGCUGUGGGAACUUCGGGUUUUUCCGUUAAAGGAUGAAGACAUAGAAACCUUACGGUGCCAAGACCAAAUAACAAAUCAGACUGAAAGUUCAAGUGCAGCUUUCCACAGUGACUCCCUCUGCACUUCAUGUACUCCCAUCACUUUGCCAAACAAUGGCCAUCCACCAAGAAAACAAUCCACAGAAGAGCCUGAAGACUGCAAAAGUCUUUUCCUGGGACUCUGCAGCACAAGAAAACACAGGUGACAGGGAAUAACGUGGUUCAUUAAGAAAGCCGAUUAAGAUGGAGAAAAGUAUAAGGCAGGAUAAAAUCCCAAACGCAACACUUUCUUCUUCCUGAACCACAAGAGAAACUAAUUCUUUCGAGCUGGAAGUCUAGUAUUCCCUG